AUGUUUUUUCAUAACAAAACUUUGCCAAAUAGUAUCUGGGUUCAAAAGUUUCAGAUUGCAUGUAAGCACUAUGAAAUAAAGUUAAAAAAGACAGCUUCUUGUGGGUUUGGCUCUCCAGUAGAUGUUUAUGAAGCUAUCGAACAAUACUAA